GUAUGACAUGGCGGCCAUGAAGCAUUGGACCUUUACGUAACACAAAUUUGACAGUUUUUUUUGCAUGCCAUUUUGGUGAAUUAAUCCAAGUCAAACGGAGAAACCUUAAGUAGCUUUCAAUGUAAUCAGCUUCUUUCUCCUUUCGAGAAAAAAAUCCAAAAGUUCCUUAUUUUAGUGUGCUGAUCACAAGACUCUUCUGAGCUACGGAGAAAACUGUCUCGAUCGGUGAACUUUCUAAAAUACAGCAGCUUUAAAUCAGAACAAAGUCAGGUUAGUUGACGAACCUAAUACACAGAGGCGAAGAUAAAAUGACAGAUUGCAGCGAUCUGGACAGGUAAGCUUUCGUUUGUGGAUGACACGUUGUUUACACUAUAUUCAUGAGGUAUAUAUUUCGGUAACUUUCCGACUUGUACUGUCUUCAAGAACGCUUUGAUCACUCACAUCUUGAGACAUUUAAAUCUUUGGAGUGCCUUUCAAUUGAGUUAAUAUUCGUGGACCCCCUUUUCUGCUGCAGACAAAUUGACAAGCUGAGGCGAUGCGAACUUAUUACAGAGAAAGAAGUGAAGCAGUUGUGUGCUAAAGCAAGGUUUGUAUACUAUAUUUUGCAGUGAUUUCAUUUUCUCUUAAUUUUAUGAUUUCGUUCGCUUGGAGUAGAAAGGAGAAUGAAAGUUUUUGGAAGUCAGGUUGUCUGUUGGAACUUGUUCCCAGACCUACAUCCUGUAGCCUUUUGCCCUCAUUUAGGAAAUAAUUUAGACAAGAGAUUCGAGGGAGCAAUAAACGGAAAUAGCAAAUGAAACUUGUCCAUGCGUGCUUCCAGAAAGUAUUAAUUUCCCUACAAAUUAACCUUCCUGUCCAUUAGUGUGUAAGAAUGAAUGUUUUCCUCACGAUAUCCAGUUACUUUUAAACAGAGAGGUGAUGAAAAGUAGGAAAAUUGUAUAUGAGGGGUUUUCCUUGGAUUUCACACAAAAUUCUCAGAUAAAGAAUUGAAAGAAAUGUUUUGUGAACUUGUUGAGAAUUGAUGUUUAGAUGUGGGGAGUGAAAGAGUUGAAGGACUAGACCACCCCCCUUCUGGGCCAGAAUAUCCAUUCUUACUUCCAGCCCCUCAAAUACACUUAAAUUUAAUGUCAGGAAGUUUGUAAAUGCUGUAACAGGCUGUAUUUGUUUUUCUUAAAUUGAUCAUAACAUCUCAUGCAAGGAACUACUCUCUGGACAAUUUCCUUAACCCUUUAGCUCCCAAAAGUGAUUAACAUGGAACUUUUUCCUAUAAUAUCCACACAUUAUCCUGCAAAUAGGUAUUGAGAAAACUCCAACUUAACAGGUUGAAGUUGUUAUCUUGAUCUAACACUUACUUCUCAUAACUGAUUUACAAGAAAAUGUGCUAGAUAGGAGAAUUUACAGUCAGAUCUUGCAAGUUAAAGGGUAAACAGCCAGCUGAGAAAAUUAUGGUAGCUGCUUGUCAAUUGACUCCGUUUUCAUGUAUAUUCAGUUGUGUUGAGGGCUGGUUAAGGUGGUUAUUAAAAUCAAACUUUUGUUAUUAUUCAAAUUGCUUUUGAAUAUAUUUUUUUUAUCACUGAAUACAAGUAAUCUCCAACACAGAGAGUUACUGAGUUACCUAGUAAGUACAUGUAUGGCUUUGAUUAAUUUCUUACUUCCAUCACAGGGAAAUCCUGGUUGAAGAAUCGAAUGUCCAAAGGGUGGACUCUCCAGUCACUGUAAGUUCUUGUGGUUGUUUACUGUGUAGUGUGGUACUAGUACUCUUAAAAUUUGUCAUAAUUUACAUGUUUUCAUUGUCUGUGAAAGAUUGUUUAUUUUAAACUUACUUUUGUGUGGCUUAGUAAAGUUUCUUUUUAAACUGAUUCUGAGGUAUUGAAUCAUAACAAUAAGUACACUCUUCAUACAUUUUCACCAAUACUACUGCAAUGAAUUUAUAGCUGAGAAAAUGUGUUUUGUUUUUUUUCCAAGGUAUGUGGUGACAUUCAUGGACAAUUUUAUGACUUAAAAGAACUUUUUAAGGUACACAAUUAAUUUUGAUUGCAUUAUGUGGUGUUUUGCUCAUCAAAGCUAGGAAAGUAUUAGACAACAUCUCCUUGGUCAGGAAAACCAUGAUUUUUUUCCUUAUUUUUUCCACACUAAUCUACAUGAUUCAAACUAGUUUUGUUACAAUAGCCUUGUGACAUUUAAUUGAUAUUUGUUAUUCUUCUUAUUUCAUUGUUGUUACUAUUUCUAUUUUUAUUGUUACAGUUUUGACAAAAAAAGAUAACAUCUCCCUGAAUUUUACCAAUUAUUUUUUGUUGAAGCUGUUGUUUUGUCAGUACUUUUUUUUUCAUAUGUUUAAUGAAUCAAUCCCCAGUAAAGUCCACUGAAACUCAUAAUUUUCCUGAAAUUAUUAGUCUAAGAACUACAGUACUAACAAAUAGUGGGAUUUGAUUUUCUUCAGUUCUUUUGUUAUCUGUUUAGACCUGGGUUUCAUGUAGGUACAUGCAGUGACUAAGUGAGCACUACAAUGUAUAACAUAUUAAAGCUGUGAUGCUUUGAAGGAGUUAGCCAAAAAAUAUUUUGUCAGUUGUUUAGAAAAUGUGCAGAUUACAAUUGAUAUCUGAAUCUCUUUUCAUAGGUUGGAGGUGAUGUGCCAGACACAAAUUACCUUUUUAUGGGAGACUUUGUGGACAGAGGAUUUUACAGUGUAGAAACAUUUCUAUUACUUUUAGCUUUAAAGGUGGAUAAUAAUGCUUAAAUUUGAAAACAAUUAUCUGAUCUCAUUUCUUAGAGAAGUUGUCAUUAUGUCACAGUUUACAGAAUAUUGACUCUGUUUCUCCUUCUUGAAGGUACGAUAUCCUGACAGAAUAACAUUAAUCAGAGGAAACCAUGAGAGUAGGCAGAUAACACAGGUUUGUUGACAUUGGUCAUUAAUAUUAAGAUUAAACCACAGGAUGAACUUUUAAUAAGAAUUUCUUCAGGUUUAUUAGUAAAUCUUAUCAUGUAAUUUUGCCUUAUAACAAACAAGUCAUUAGUGAAAUGCAUCACCUUUCAUCCAAUUUAUGUUAUCUUUAGGUUUAUGGGUUCUAUGAUGAAUGCUUAAAGAAAUAUGGCUCAAUAACAGUGUGGAGAUAUUGCACAGAAAUAUUUGACUAUCUUAGUUUGUCGGCAAUCAUUGAUGAUAGGGUGAGUGUGUUCUUUACUUGCUGUAACACAUUUGCUGCUUUGUAGCUUAUUGAAAUAGUUUAAAAUUGAAUUUUUGUUCUGUUGUUAGACUGUCUCUUAUUUCAGUGCCACAUAUGGACUUGUUUAUGUAAAACAUCUUUUUGCUGUUUUGAUUGAUCUAGUGUACAAAGUGAAACAAAUUGUAAGUUUCCUUACAUACUAAUAUACUGUUUAUUUCCAUAAUCUUACAGAAAUCAUCUUUUAAUUUUCCCAGAUUUUUUGUGUUCAUGGUGGUCUUUCUCCAUCCAUUACUACCUUAGAUCAGGUAACAAAUAAAUUGGUUCUACCUACACACCCAAGCUGUUUUUCAGAAAUUUUACUAUCUUUAGAAAAGUGACAUAUGAGUUUUUCACCAGAUAAGGGCAAUUGACCGCAAGCAGGAAGUACCACAUGAUGGCCCCAUGUGUGAUUUGCUUUGGUCAGACCCAGAAGGUAUUCACUCUGAUCUUUUACUUUGUAUACCUUGUUACACAGUUUUGGCAGUAUAAACCUUAGCUCUUUUUGGAAUUUUUUUGUUUGAAGGUAGACAACAUACCAAGUAAGAAGCACUAACUUUGAAUCUUUGAAAUAAAGCCUAGUUGGUGUCAUUAUAAUAGUAGGGGUACAUGAAAUAACACCUGGGGUGACUAUAGAUAGAUUCCUAGAUUCUCCCUACAAAUUCCCUUGUGUUCCUUUGUGAAAUAGAAGGAGAAGUAGAUGUUUAUCCAAAGUAAGCAAGUAAUUGAGCAAGUAGUCUUAAUUUAACAAGGGUGACAUCAGACAAUAAAAAACCUGGUGAACUCAUGGCUCUCAGGGUUUAACUCCACACAGCCAUCCCUUCAAUUAUUAUCUUUACCUUUUUGACUAAUGUUGCUUUCUUGCAUGUUUCUUCAUUAGAUACACAAGGUUGGGGAGUAAGUCCUAGAGGUGCUGGAUAUCUGUUUGGCAGUGAUGUUGUCACUCAGGUACAGUAGCCCCUGUAUUUGUAGUCCUAUUUAUGUUUGCCUUUGUGUUACUUCUUAGAUGUCACAGUUACUGUAAACAGUGACGCAUAUGUUGUGGUGAAUUUCCAUCCCUUUGUAUUUUUACAGCACAUCUGUUAACAUGUGGGGAUUAUGCUGGCUUUAAAAGUAUAAGAUAUAGUAGUUUUAGAGACAAUUUACAUUUCUGGGUACUGCCUUUGUCCAUAGGAAAAAUUAAAUAAAACAUCUCUGCAGGUCGUCCUUCAGUAGUAUUUUUAAAGGUUGAAAAUCUCUGUUCUGGCCAAUCAAGGGCAUCACUAUGGAUAAUAAGGAUAUUAAAUAAAAUAUUUCAACUUUCCUUUCAUUUCUGAGCUAAUUUGUGUACUUUCAAACUACUGCACUCCAGCGUAAUUUGAUGUGAUUUGUACCAUUAAUCGGUCAGUUAGGACUCUUCUUUAUUUGCUUCUAAUCAACUUCUCAUUGUUUAGUUUAAUGCAGCAAAUGACAUUGACUUGAUCUGUCGAGCUCAUCAGCUGGUGAUGGAAGGAUACAAGUGGCAUUUUAAUGAGACAGUCCUCACUGUUUGGUCAGCGCCAAACUAUUGCUACAGGUACAGGACAUAGAUAGUGCCUUUUAGUCACCAUGUGUGGGGGAUACUCUCUUUAUGCCAGCUGAAUUAAAACAACUGAUGCACAUUGGAAGCAAAAUAAGUAUAUUCAAAAUAAAUGAUCAGUUUUUUCAUGGGCAAUAAUAAAAAACAAUGGGUGAUAAAUAAUUGAAGGUAAAUGAGAGAAAAGGGAAUGGAAAGAUACUCAAGGUCUGACUAUGUUUUACUACCAGUGAACUACAUCAGUUUUAAGUGCUUUUAAAAGAGGAACAUUUUACAACAAUCACUGUGAUUGGGAAUAAAAGGUCAGACAGCUGUCACACCAACACAACAGGUUUCAUUAACUUACCCAUCAGCUACUUACACUAAUUUUUUUUUAACGAAACUGUAAUUGUAUAUUCAGGAGAAAAAUUGAAAAUUAUCAUUUUCUCAAAGGUGUGGGAAUGUUGCAGCAAUAUUAGAACUGGAUGAGCAUUUAAAAAGAGAAUUCACAAUAUUUGAAGCAGCUCCUCAGGUAAGUAUUAAAAGAUCAAUGACAAAGGUUAUCUCAGCUAGACAUAAAUUAUGAAAGUGAACAGUUCAGUAUUUUACAAAAGGAAAAGAAAUCCAUCAUACAUUUUAUUAUGGUGGGGAAUUUAUCAGCAACAAAACAAACAGCCAUGUGUAAUGAUAAUGUAGAAAAGUUUUGAAAUUUACUACAGCAACAAACAUUUGAGUAACAGUUAAAUAAAUUUUACGUGUCUAUUUAAUUGAAAUUCUUAGUCUGUCUAGUCAAAUCAAACUCAAGCAUAUCUACAUGGACAUUCUAGGGCAGAAACAUCACUUUAUUUCUUUUUUUUUUUUUUUUACUCAUAGGAGGUGAGAGGUAUGCCAACCAUUGCCAAAAAGCCUCAACCCGACUAUUUUCUCUGAAGCUGUUUGUUUCCACUACAGCUGAUCAACUGUGAACUACACCAUAUAUAAUGAUUGGCAGGAACAGUAAUUUUUAUAUCAGUCUUGUAUAUCAGUCACAUAUGUUAGAGGAUUAAUUUAUUGAAAUAAUUACUCAAUUUUUGUUUGCUCAUACUUCUGGAGUUAACAUAGAAUUGUAUGUGGAGUAAAUUAUACGACAGCUAUCUUUGUAUUUCUCAUGGAGAACUGAGCACAGAAUCCAACCCUUUCACUCCCAAGAUGUAUAUACCAAUUCUCCAAACUGUUUGCCAUACCUUGCCUGCCUAUAAUCUUUGUGAGAUAAACUAACAUCCCCUUGUUGCUGAUUUUUUCUUUAAUUCUUGUCACUGUUCUGCUUGAAAAUGUCUUUACAAUGUAGGGACAGAUUCAAAUCAGUUUUUUUUUCUUGGGAGUGCAAGGGUGUAACUCUCAGAGCCUGUUGAACAGAUCAGAAAGGAAUCAAAGCAGACCUUUGAGAAUACUGGUGUCAUUCAACUGCGUAGAAACAUAGCUUAAUGUAGUUUACCAUGGGAUAAAAUCACUGUUCUCUUAAGUUAUCUUAAAUUUACUGUUAGGGUAUGAUCCUCAAUAGUUUAACUUAGUUAUUGGGAUUUUGGAAAACUUGAGUAGGUAUUACUUAAUAAUUUAACCACAACUGUCUAGUGGGGAAUUCAGCAUGUAGCUGUUAACUUUCAGAUCAAUAUUUAAACCAAGUUCAAAGCUUGUUAAUUUAGGUUUUCUAGGAAAUGGUUCCUUUAUUUGGUGGGAAACAGCCUUUGGAGGUGAAACUAUGGUGCCUUUCUGUGAAUAUAUUAUUUACUACUCUAAAAUUUAACUUCAGUUUCUUCUUUGUUUACUUCAUGAAAAAUGAAGUGCAACUUCUGUAAUAACCAUUUCCCAGUACAAGUUUUAAAUGUGAUCCAAAAGUGUUUGUGAUGAAGGAAGUCCAAGCAAGUUAAAUGUGUUGAUGUGAAUAACAUGAAUAAACUUGUGUUAUGGGCAUGUUGGUCACACAAGCGCAAUUUGUUAAAGUCUUUUGAUAAAGUGUGCUCAUAGACUGAGUGGGAGGGUUGGAUGUUAAAUUUUUAGAAAAUUUGUGGAAGGUCAUGAUAUAAAAACAAGUGCAGGGGGGUGUACUUCAUGACCAAGAUUGAAAUAAAUCUUGUCUCCCCAAACAUAACUCAGUCAAUAACCAUAUUAACUGCUGCUCUUUCUCUUUCUUCUUUCUGUCAGCAUCUCAUGGGGCUGUACACCUUUUUUUGGCCUUUCUCAUGCUAUUGUGUAUGGUCCUUUAAUGGGGAUUUUUGUCUAGGGUUUUUCAAGGAAAACACCUCGGGAAGUAGUGUGGAUAUGAUAAAUGGUAAAACCAGUUAAUUUUGAGCUAAUUUUCUCUUGUCUUAUUAUGAGAAGAGUUUUAGAAUUAUUCAUGUUGUAAUUUACUGUAAACUAUAUCACUUAUAUCUAUAAAAUCUUUUAUUUAACACAAAUCUCU